GACGGCAUUUGCUUGUUUGAUUUUGGACGCAGCCAUUUCAUCCAAAGUCGGUUCAUAUUGCAACACCGAGGGUGAUCACACUGUCUCCCUUUCCCCCUCAAUCUCAAGCAUCUCACGGUUUUCCUUGGUCACAUCCUGCUCGCGCUCUGCCCUGUGAUCGCCAUCUCUACAAUUCGCUGCAGGCCCUCAGGCACAACAGUCGAUUAAAUCACUUGACCUAUCUCUCCCCCUGAAUCACUUUAUCCUUCCCACUCUGUCGAUUACACUCUCUUCCUGGUCCCCCCUCCUCCCCCCUGGGUUUCAUCCUCUAUCGGAUAUUCCUUUCUGACGUCCAAAGGAAGCAAGCAAGCAAGCAAAGAUUGAAUUGAUCACACAUUCCACCCAUCCAAUUCGCACUCAGUCAUGCCUUCAAUCAGUGAGAAACGCGGCCUGCCAGGCCUUGUCAUCGAUACCAUCGCAGCAAGUCCAUCCAUGUCAUCUCCGACGUCUCCCCUCACUGGAUCAUCCCAUCCUACACCCACCACACCUUACUCUCCUUAUCCAAUGACACCAUCCACUCCACCCAUGUACGGUCCAUUGGUUGGUCAUUCCGAUAAGACGGGUCGACGUAUUCCCAAUCGACCUCUGAGUAGUCGUACACUCCCGCCUCGAUUCUGUGAGGUUGUGUCAGAAGAACCAAGAGAAAUCAUCAUGGGCGGACUGGUGACUCGUUCUUCGACUGCCAGUUCAAGGAGAGGCUCAGCUGAAAGUCAAUGGGAUGAAAAGAGGAUAGCAUCAAUAGAGGUACCAGGGAUUAUCCUGACCGAACCUCAUCCUGAACCUCACCCCCGGAGAUCAAGCACUCCACCGCCAAAAUCUAUCCUCCUCCUACCUCCUACGUCUCUACCGCUUCCCGACGAUACAGACUACCGGACCUGUGAUCCUUUCCGAAUAUUCUAUCGAGCCUCUCCUGGUCCCACUGCGUCAACACCCAAACGCCCGUCAUCUCACCUCGUAUCUAUCCUCAAAUCCAUCGCUCUACUUGGCGUCGUGGGAGUCGGCGCCUGGCAUUUGUACACUUCACUCAGUAUCACCGGAUGGACAGACGAAAUGACAGGUCUGGCGGAGGAGCUUGCUCACUAGAUCGGGACACGAUUCGAUCUCGAAAGCACAGGCAGGGUCAUGACAACAUAAAAAGAGGAGCGGGAAUUGGAGCGUGGCGAUUACUCUCUCUCUCUGUAGGGCGGCUACUCUCUCUGUCUCUCUCUCUCUCAAAACGUAUACGAUGAUGAUACGAAUCUUUUUGACGAACGACGACGAUAGCUUUCCUUGCUUAUAACGGGAUAUAUUAGAUCUUCUCUGGGGGC